GCGGCCGCGCGGGGGCAGCAACGGCGCUGCCGCCCGAGGGCCCCGUCCCGGCGUGCCCUGCGCCGCUGCCGCGGAGGCGGGACUUCCGGCCCCCGGCCCCCGAGGCGCCGUCCGCCGGAAGCGCGGAGCGCGGCGGCCCUGCGCCGGCUGAAAUCAUGGAUAUAGAUGCUGAGAGAGAAAAAAUAACAAAGGAGAUCAAGGAGUUAGAAAGAAUUUUGGAUCCCAGCUCCUCAAGUAUCCACGUGGAGGUCUCAGAAUCCAGCCUCGAUUCAGAUUCUGGCACAGAUUUGCUGUGUGAUGACGAUUCAGACGAUGCUGGUCCCCCAGUCUCGGAAGAGGACAGGUGGAGUGAGGCCAGCAAUGGCGACGAUCCCAAGGAGAAGGCCCUCCCCGAGGACCCAGAGACCUGCCUGCAGCUGAACAUGGUCUACCAGGAGGUCGUCCAAGAGAAGCUGGCUGAGGUCGCCCUGCUCCUGGCCCAGAACCGGGAGCAGCAGGAGGAAAUGAUGUGGGGCCUGGCAGGGUCCAAAGGCCCCAAGGUGAAGGACGGCAAGAGCCUGCUCCCGAAUCUGUACAUAGGGCACUUCAUGAAGCCCUACUUCAAGGACAGGGUCACUGGAGUGGGGCCUCCUGCCAAUGAAGACACUCGGGAGAAGGCCGCCCAGGGCAUCAAGGCCUUCGAGGAGCUCCUGGUGACCAAGUGGAAAAGCUGGGAGAAGGCCCUGCUCAGAAAGGCAGUGGUGAGCGACCGCCUGCAGCGUUUGCUUCAGCCCAAGUUACUGAAGCUUGAGUACUUGGGGCAGAAACAGAGCAGGGUCACGAGCGAGGCGGAGAGGCAGGCCCUGGAGAAGCAGACGCAGGAGGCGGAGAAGGAGGUCCAGGAUAUCAACCAGCUCUCAGAGGAGGCCCUCCUGGGGAACAGGCUGGACAGCCACGACUGGGAGAAGAUUUCCAACGUGAAUUUUGAAGGGGGGCGUGGUGCAGAGGAGAUCCGGAAGUUCUGGCAGAACUGUGAGCACCCGAGCAUCAACAAGCGGGAGUGGGGCGCCCAGGAGGUGGACCGGCUCAAGGCCAUCGCAGCUGGGCACGGCCACCUGGGGUGGCAGGAGAUCGCUGAGGAGCUGGGGACUGGCCGCAGCGCCUUCCAGUGCCUGCAGAAGUUCCAGCAGCACAACAAGGCCCUGAAGCGCACGGUGUGGACAGAGGAGGAGGACCGCAUGCUCGCCCAGCUUGUCCAGGAGAUGCGCGUGGGCAGCCACAUCCCCUACCGGAGAAUUGUCUACUACAUGGAAGGAAGAGAUUCCAUGCAGCUUAUCUAUCGGUGGACCAAGAGCUUGGAUCCCAGCCUGAAAAAGGGGUUUUGGGCCCCAGAAGAAGAUGCGAAGUUGCUCCAAGCAGUCGCCAAAUAUGGGGAGCAGGAUUGGUUUAAAAUCCGGGAAGAGGUGCCAGGUAGGAGCGAUGCCCAGUGCCGAGACCGAUACCUCAGAAGGUUACAUUUCAGCUUAAAAAAGGGACGAUGGAACUCAAAAGAAGAGGAAAAGUUAAUUGAAUUAAUAGAGAAAUAUGGUGUUGGUCACUGGGCAAAAAUAGCUUCCGAACUACCCCAUCGGACAGGCUCCCAGUGUCUAAGCAAGUGGAAGAUCAUGGCCAGGAAGCGGCGGCGCCGGUGGCGGGGGCGGCGGCGCCCGCGCAGCCUGCGAUGGAGCUCCAGCAGCGAGGACAGCAGCAGCCCCGAGAGCAGUGCGGACUCGGAGCCGGAGCCUGAGGAAGCCCCGCAGGCCGUGGAGGGCAGCCCUGUGCUCCCGUCAGCAGGGUGCCCUGUGCCGGACAUGGACCUGUGGGUUCCUGCCAGGCAGGGCACCAGUGAGCCAGGAAGACAAGGGGCAGGGGGCUGGCCGGAGCACCCCACUGCCUCCUCUGGUUCUCCCGAGGACACCAGUGUGGCCCACAGUGGCAAUGGGGAAGCUUGCCCCGUGGCCUCAGCUGCUGUCGAGGAGGCAGGCUGGGCGCAGGGCCCCUCCAGAGCCCAGAGCACUGGCCAGAUGGGCAGCGGCCACCUGCGCGUGGCAGACACUCGCCUCCCCAGCUCAGAGGGGCCAGCACACGAGAGUGGGAAGUGUCUGCUGAAGGUGCCCCUGGAGACCGUGCCGCAGGUGCUCAGGACCAGCCCAGCUGCCUGCAGCUGGAUGCUGAAAGAGAAGCCGAGGCAACGGCACCUGCUCAGCCUGCCCCUGAGUGCCGGCCCCAGUGGCCACGGUGUGGCCAGGCCCCAUGUGCAGCAGCCAUGGCACAGGACCAUCAGGCGUGGGCAGCAGCGCCAGGGACACACCCUGCAGAGGAGGCUCCUCCAGCGUCGGCUUCUGAUGGCCAUGAGCCCGUGGGUGGGUGAUGAUGUGUUGCCCUGCACUUCCCUGAGGCCAGCUGUGGUGCACACCCGAGCCGAUGGCCUCCGGCAGAAGCUGCAGGACGCCCACCUAGCCAGCACCCCAGUGUUUGCCCUCUUCAUUCAGCUGUUCCAGAUCGACACUGCAGGCUGCAUGGAGGUUGUCAGAGAGAGGAAGGCACAGUCCCCCACCAGGCUCCAGGCUGGUACUGGGGACCCGCCUCCGCGGCCCCUGCAGGCACCCUUGAGUGCCCGCAGCUCCCCAGCCUGCCUCUCCCAAGACGGGCCGAGCCGAGGAGCUGCAGAGGGGAGCACCCGCCCCCAGGGGCGCAGGGCCGUGCCCGACUGCCGUGCUGCUUCUGCCCUCCAGGCAACCCUGCCAGCCUCUUGCGGCCCCCGGCCCAAGCCCAAGACUGUGUCCGAGCUGCUCCGGGAAAAACGGCUGCGGGAGGCACGGGCCCGGAAGGCCACCCAAGGCCCUGUGGUUCUCCCGCCCCAGCUGCUGGUCCCCCAGCCUGUGGUCCUCCAGCCCGCCCCAACACUGGCCUCCCAGGACCCCCCAGCCACAGGGCCGGCUGCCUCGAGGGCCCUCCUUGGGUCUGUGGCCCCUGCAGCUGCCUCAGCCUCCUGGGCCUCAGCCUCGGACCUUGCUCUGGCCCGCCCAGAGGCUGCCGCCACUGCUUCCAGGGCCCGAGCCCCGAGCCCCAGCCGGGUCCCUGUGGGCUGCCCUCUGAGCAGUCCCGGGCAGCCUCAGGCCCCUGCCACGUCAUGGAAGCAGGGCCUCCCCGAGGCACCACGCCUGCCCCUUGCCGCUCUCAGCCCCACCCAGCUGCCCACCCGGCCCCGCAGCCUGGCGCCCACGCCGGGCACGCACCGCGGUGGGCCUUCCGUGGUAGCCAGUGCCCCUCUGCCAGUCACCUGGGUGCUUACAGCCCCGGGGCUGCUUCCUGUGCCUCUGCCGGCCGUGAUGGGCCUUUCUAAGCCAGCGGGGAGCCCUGGUCCCAAAGGGGUGUUUGUGACCCUGCCAACCUUCCUGACUGAGAUGCAGGCAGCCCAGAGCCCUGGGCAGCCCCCAGCCAACUCGGACACAGAAUCAGGCCCUCCCUCCACGCCAGACCUGACCUUUCCAACACCUUCCCCACAUCAGAGUGCUGCUGAAGUGGGUGGUGACGUGGCCCGUGUCCCCAGGGGACUCCCCUCUCCUGAAGAGGCCCGGGUUCCCAGGCCAUCUUCCCCUGCCACGCUCCUGGCUGACCACUCUGGAGCUGAGCCCCCUUGGUCCAGCCAGCUGCCUCUGCAAGGUGGCUCUGUUCUGGGGAGCGUCCCAGGGGGGACGUCAGGGUGCCCCACACAGGUAGGGGAGUCCAGGGAGUCUCUGGGCCCGGAGAGGCCACCCCCACCCCAGCCUGGGCCUGGAAAGGGUGCCCUGGACCUGACCCUCCUCUCCCUGGAGAGCGAGGCAGCUGUGCGGGAAUGGCUGAGGGGGCAGCAAGGAGUGUGCGUGCCCCGGCUGGGGAGCAGGCUGCCCUACCAGCCUCCUACCCUGUGCAGCCUGCGGGCGCUGUCUGGCCUCCUGCUCCACAAGAAAGCCUUGGAACACAGAGCUGCCUCCCUGAUUCCUGACGGGGCGCCCGGAGCCCUGCAGGCCUCGCUGGCGCCGGUGUGGAGAGCGCUCCAGGACAACCCAGCCUACCUGCUGCUGAAGGCACGGUUCCUGGCGGCCUUCACACUGCCCGCGCUCCUGGCCACCCUGCCCCCGCACGGCGUCCCCACCACCCUGUCAGCAGCCAGGCAGGCUGGCCCUGGGAGCGACGACAGUGACCAGGAGGAGCCGGAGCGGGCUGACGGCGACAGGCAGCCGGGCCGCUGGGCCACCGCCCCUGUUCAGGGAGCCCUGGACCCUGGCGAGGGCUCUGACCCCUGCCUGGACACUCCUGAUGACGUCGAUGUGCUCAGAACCCGGCAUUCACGGCAUACGCGGAAGCGGAGGCGGCUGCUGUGAGCAGCAGGGUCUCCUGGCCCCUCUGGUACUUCCCACUGCCCCUCUGCCCAGCACACUCAUCUGCCUGCACUUGGGUGCCUCCAUUCAUGCCUCUGCUCCGUGGGCAGCUGCUCAGCCUCCCUCCCACAACAGCCUCCUGAGGCAGCGGCACUGUCCCGGUGUCCGUACAUCCUGACGGCACCUGCCCUGACAUCUGGCGCAUGACUCGUCUGCUGGCCUCCCUGUGACAUGAGCGUGGGAGGGCAGGCAUGUGGCUUUGCUGCGGGGCCCAGUGCCCAGGCUGCAGGCACCAGUUGGUUGAGUCCAUAGGACUCCCGAGGUGGAAGGGUGUCCCGGUUAGCAAGUCCCAGAGGCACGAGCCUUCUCUGGAUUGUGCAGGCGGUGCCGUGAGAGGUCUGGGUCCUGGAGUGGGUACCAUGGGGGCUGUGUUGAGUGGUCCCAUUUGCAACCCACCCCCAGAGGCCAGGGCCUACACUCCAUGUGGCCCCUCCCUGAGAAGGCCUGGCACCACGCUGGGGGACUGGCUGGGGCGGGGUGCCCCCAAGAGGUGUGCUUGUGUUCCAGGACCACCCAGAUGUGUGCUGGCGGGAGGCAGGACUCAGCCCACCUACCCAGGAGCCCACCACCGAGAGCCCCCCAGAGAAGCAGCAGGUGGCUGGGGGAAGACUUGUCAGCAGUGGCCGCACCGUCAUAGGGCCUUGUCUUGUCCCCAGGUGUUUUUCGGGACAUUGAAGGAAUAAAUAAAGUAAAUGUGUUUUUAAUGAAAAAGCAA